AUCCCUGCCCCCCACUGUCCUCCACAUUGUAACAGAAACAGCAGAGAGAAGGGUGGCAGUGCAACCCCUCACUUCGCUGGAGUGUGUGUAGUCUACUGCUGGGAACCGCCGGAAAAAGAAGAAGUCUCCAUUAUAAGGUGGAUUUCAGGCUUCAGAUUUCAGGUAGCACCUUCCAUGGCGCUUGCUCAUGGGUUGCUUGUUAUUUGGGUCACUCUGUCUCUUUUCAUAUCCAAUUCAAGCAAUGUGGAAGGAAGAACUCAUUUUCACAAAAAAAAGAAAGGCACAGGCCAGGGAAGCCCAGUUUCUCAAUCCCCUGCUAUUUCUCCUACUAAUCCUCCAGGCCCAAAUGAUCCUGGGAGUCCCACCUCAGAACCUUGUGUUUUUGAUGUAACAUCUUAUGGGGCAGUUGGAGAUGGUACCACAGAUGACACCGCUGCAUUCAGAGAAGCUUGGAAAGCAGCUUGUGCAGUUGAAUCUGGAAUUCUUCUUGCCCCUUCUGAUCAUGUCUUCACUAUCACUUCCACAAUUUUCUCUGGCCCAUGCAAGCCAGGCUUUGUAUUUCAGGUUGAUGGAGUUCUAAUGGCGCCUGAUGGACCAGAUAGCUGGCCAAAAGCUGAUAGCAAUAAGCAAUGGUUAGUGUUCUAUAGAGUUGAUGGGAUGACUCUCACAGGAAGAGGCACCAUUGAAGGGAAUGGAAAGAAGUGGUGGGAUCUCCCAUGCAAACCUCAUAGGGGUCCUAAUGGAUCGACAUUACCUGGUCCAUGUGACAGUCCUGCUUUAAUUAGGUUCUUCCUGAGCUCCGGUUUGAUGAUUAAUACAGUACGGAUCCAAAAUAGUCCCCAGUUUCACAUGAAAUUUGAUGGCUGUGAAGGAGUGUUGAUUGAAAAGCUUUCUAUCUCUUCCCCUGCACUUAGUCCUAACACAGAUGGGAUCCACAUUGAGAACACAAAGUCUGUUUCCAUUUUCGACUCCGACAUUGCCAAUGGGGAUGAUUGUAUCUCGAUUGGACCAGGUUGUUCAAAUGUCCUAAUUGAUAAUGUCACCUGUGAUCACGGUCAUGGGAUAAGCAUUGGGAGCCUUGGAGUGCAUAACUCACAAGCAUGCGUCUCAAACAUUUCGGUCCAAAACGCUUUUAUAAAGGACUCAGACAAUGGGGUUAGGAUCAAGACAUGGCAAGGUGGAAUGGGCUCUGUAUCAACUAUAGCAUUUGAGAACAUAGAGAUGGAGAAUGUGAGGAACUGCAUCAUUGUUGAUCAAUACUACUGUUUGACAAAAGCGUGCCGAAACCAGACCUCAGCUGUGUUUGUCACAAAUGUUUCCUAUAAGAACAUUAAGGGAACAUAUGAUGUGAGAACCCCACCUAUACAUUUUGCAUGUAGUGACACAGUGGCUUGCACCAAUAUAACAAUGUCUGAGGUUGAGCUUCUUCCUGCAGAGGGAGAGCUGGUGGAUGACCCCUUCUGUUGGAAUGCUUAUGGAACACAAGAAACACCCACUAUCCCUCCCAUUUCAUGCUUACACGAUGGGGAACCUGAGACCCUCUUUGAUAUUACAAGUUAUGGUUGCUAGGGGAGUUUCUGGUUUUUAAAUUAGUAACACUACCAUAUGGACUAUACUGUACAGGAUAUGAAGUCCAGGGGGCCUUAUUUGUUGUAAUGGGUCCUCUUUGUGACUUUUAGGCUCCAUCCCUUAUAGGGUUUAUUUCCUUUAUAGUGUGAUGAGAUGUAGAAGAAAUGAGUGUCAUUUCUUUCAUCCCUCCAUUAUUGUAUUACCAUUAAAAUUUACUGGAAGAUGACUAUAAAAUAGGAGUGGUUUAGAUUUGUGUUA